CCCUAUUUUUGAAGGCCACGUCAGCUACCCGCGGCGCAUGACCCUGCUCACUCGUUCACAGACAGCAGGGAUGGAUCAGAAAGCCAACGAGACGGGCGAGGCCUAUGAGGCACGUUUGGCGGCCAUCAUGACCGAAAGCAAGCAACGGGCAGAAGCAUCAGCCGCAGCACGGAAGACGAGGGAGGCAGAGGCAGAGAGGCUGCGUCAGAUCACCAAAGAUCAACGGCAGAAGCACGCAGCAGCAGCAGCAAAGGACGCCGAUGAAGAACGUGUACGACGGCGGGAGAUUCUCUUUAGGGAGGAAACUGCGUUACACGCACAGGCCAGGGAUUGGCGGCAGGAGGCCGAGAAUGGAGACUCCGUUGACUACGGGACCAGGAUUGCUCUCUUGCUCAACAGCGUCACGGACCUCCUCGCUACGUGCAUGGCACAGCAGGAGGACAUUCACUCUCUCGACCACGCCAAUCAGGCGCUGACUAAGCGCAUACAGCAGCUGGAGCAGCGACCAGUUGCCACCUCCAGCGCCGGCCCCUCCGACCUCGUCGACCGCGUCAACAUCUUGGAGAUAGACGUGGGAACACUCAAAACCGAGACACAGCGACUGGACCAGCAGGCCACUUGCGCUUACGAGCGGACCGAUGAGAUAGGCCUAUGUUUUCUUCACACCGUUGCGGCAGCCAAAUCUCAACCCACGGACUUGUCUUCGGACCCCCGUGUGGUACGGUUGCUUGACGAAUUCGCCGACAUCUUCGAGUCACCUACCGGCGUGGUGCCGGAUCGGCCGAUCUCCCAGGAGGUCAUUCUCGAGGCCGGUGUCGUGCUGCCGAAAGGUUGCAUCUAUCGCAUGAGCGAGGAGCAACUUACAGUACUCCGCGCGGAGCUCGAUGAUUUGUUGGACAAAGGCUGGAUCCGGCCUAGUAGCUCACCCUAUGGUGCGCCGGUUCUCUUCGUGCAGAAGAAGAACAAGGAUCUUCGCCUAUGCAUCGAUUACCGCAAGCUCAAUGCACAAACCGUCAAGAACGCGGGACCUCUUCCUCGUAUUGGCGACCUUCUGGAGCGUUUGGGCGACGCAGAAUUUUUUUCCAAACUGGAUUUGAAGUCAGGGUAUCAUCAGAUAUCGAUACGCCCGCAAGAUCGUUACAAAACCGCGUUUAAGACAUGGUGUGGGCAUUUUGAGUGGGUCGUCAUGCCUUUCGGACUCACCAACGCCCCGACAACUUUUCGAGCGGCGAUGACCAACGAGUUCCGUGCAAUGCUAGACUGGUUUGUGCUGGUCUUCCUCAUCUAUAGCCGGACCUUGGAGGAACAUCUCGAGCAUCUUCGACGAGUGUUGGAGACGCUCCGUCGCGCCAAGUACAAAGCCAUCCGCGACAAGUGUAAAUUCGUACGUCAAGAGUUGGAAUACUUGGGCCAUUUCGUCACUCCUCAAGGCAUCAGUCCGUUGUCGGACAAGAUUCAAGCCAUCCAAGAUUGGCCGGAGCCGCGGAACAUCACGGAUGUCCGUUCGUUCCUUGGCCUUGCUGGCUACUACCAACGUUUCAUCAAAGGGUACUCGAAGAUCACGGCCCACUUAUCCAAGCUUCAAUGCGAGGACCGACCAUUUGACUUCGGGACGGAUGUGCGGGAAUCAUUUUUGGCCCUUAAGGCGGCAUUGCUAUCGGCGGAAGUCUUGCGAAUAUACGACCGGCUAUUGCCGACGCGCGUCACUACGGAUGCGUCUGGCUAUGGCAUUGGUCAUGGAGUGGCAUCUACAGAAGAAAAGGGGGAAGCCUUGAGGCUUGGAGCAGAUAUCCCAGAGGCUACCGGCAGCAGUAGCGAGGCAAGAAGACAGCAGGCACUAGUUGUGCAAGGAGGGAGUGGAGGGCGGGAACCAGCCAAUGCGGAAUGUGGGUUUGCGAUGGCCAGCAACGGGCAAAGGGAAAAGGGAUUUGAACCCUCAACCUCCGCAGCAGUGUGCUCCGGUGCAAACAGCAGGGUUCAAAAUGUUAUUGAAUCCUGGGGUGCCUUGUCAAUGAUCGUUGAGGCAAAGGAGGGAGGAGGACAUGGACAUGGAUACGAACAGAAAGAUGGAGAAUAUGAAAGGGAAGAGGACAAGAGACAAUGUGGAAAGGAGGAGCAAGCAAUAAGCAGGGAUGGAGUGACUGCCAGUGAUUCCAGUUCUUUCUCAAGGGAUGUCUCUGGACUGAGCAAAUAUGCAGGCUCAGCAUUUGCCUCAUGCCCACAGCAGCAGCUUCAUGCUUACAACACUGCUCAGCAGCAUUUGCGGGUUGGGGAUCUUUGCCACAUCCAUGAGGGAUCCAAUUCAUGCCAUGAACCAGUAACGGCGAAGGAUGAUCAGCCUACCCUAGACCGCAUUUUGCUUAACCAACAUGAGAUGCAUGCUAGCCAGCCACGAUCACCACAGCCAAAGCGUUGCCGACGCGCAAGUGAUCAGUCCUUGCCGGCGAGGAAUGGGCCUGUGGCGACUGAUUCCUUGACGACACAGGCUGGAUUGGUGGAAGAGGGAAGGGCAGAUGAAAGGGAAAUUAGUAGAGGGAAUGAGAGGAGGGAGGUGGGCCCAGAAACAACUGCGGUGGUGUCCAUGGUGGAAGCGGUAGCAGGCAACAAAGACAACGGGUGGGAUAACGGCAACGUGGGUUUUGUGAAUGCUUGGGAUGCUAAGCAAAGGAUGAACUGCCCUAAGGCUGGUGAAGAGGAGAUGGGCAAAGGAGCAACGAAGGACAAUAUUUAUGAAAAUAAAAGUGCAGCACGUGGUUCUGGAUCAGGUAACAGAGAUGAAAGCGAUGCAGUAGACAUGUCGACCGUUGACGACAAGGGCACUGGAUAUGGCGGGAGCAACGAGGUGCAGUGGACAGCAGAAAUGACUGCUACUGUGGACGGCACUGCCACAUCUGCCAUCAGACCAGAAGUGGGACUGGUCUCCUGGAAAGGUCAUGGAGACAGAAGUAAGGCCCUAACUCGUGCCAGCGCCCCGUGCCCUGCUGUGGGGAGCAAGCGUGCCUACAUGAGAAGAGGUACAAACUCAGAUAUGCAUGACAGAUCCACGAAAAAUUCUAAGUUCUUGAACGCAAAGGCCCAAAGGGGUAGGAAGGAGGGGAGUGCAAAGAUGGCAGAACAGGUGGAUCGCCGAAGGGCAGCAGCGGCGGCGGAGGGGGAGUCCGGGCAGGUUUCCUCAGGGUCGGGACUGGGCAUGGGAUCGGGGUUGAAACCAAAUGGGAGAAAGGUCUGCACUGGUCGUGGAGGUGCUUGUUUGGCAGCAUUACGUGUGCAUGCAACAGGUGGUGGGUUGGGAAUGGUGGUUGGUGUCAGCCUGCAGCAACUCUCAAGGUCGUCGCAGAGAAAUGUGGGGUUGGCAACCAGGCACUUCGGACAUGGGUCGCCAAAUCGUACAGUCAAACAGACAAAGAAGAAACUGGCAGCGUCCUCAUCACCACCACAGCCAUUGGCAGCAGCCUCGGCACCAAAGAGGCAGGGUCUGAAUAGCAUUGAAGGUAAAAAAGGAGUUCGCAAGACGUCCUCGGUCAGGCAGGGAUGGCGCCGGGAAUCCGCUCAAAGGGUGCUGAAGAAAAGGAUAGCGAUGCAGGUAGGGAGAGAGGAGAAAAGACGUAGGGGCGGUGGUCUUCUGAGGAAUCAGGUUGGGCAUGGGCGUGAAAGCUCAAGUGGAGGCACCAGUCCAAGCCCGAAUUUGAGUAAAAAUUCGGAUGAUGAUGAUGAUGAGGAGGAGGAGGACGAGGAGGACGAGGAGGACGAGGAGGAAGAAUACAACGAUGAUGACAACUAUGAGGAGGAGGACGAGGAAGAUGAGGAGGAGGAGGAGGAAGAGGAGUGCCCUGGGAAGCGGCUUGCUUGGGCUGUGCGCAAGCGGAACAAUCAUGAUAGCAGUGGGAAGGCUGAGGUGGCAACAUCUGCGGAGCAACACCUGGAUCGGCGAGACCUUGGUCGGGGGGGGUUGGUAAAUGCCACUCAUUGUGGUGAGAAGGUGGGCCGCAGGAACCGUGCUGAAGAACCUGUCGGAACGAAGCCUGGAAGUGCACGGGUUUGUGUGGAGUGCGGGACUAUGAAAACUCCUCUGUGGCGCAACGGUCCUCGAGGACCAAAGUCGCUGUGCAAUGCGUGCGGAAUCCGAUUCAAGAAGGAGAGGAAGGCACUGGCUUUGGCGGAGGCGCAGGCGCAGGCGCAGGCGCAGGCAAAUGCAGAGGGAAAUGAGCAGCAGGAGAAUAGCAGCAGAGGAGGAAAACUGGUGAGUUCUGCACCUUGCAGGAAAGGAAAGACAACCGUUGGAUCGGCUGUGAAAUCGAAAAAGCAUCUGCAUUUAAAGAAUCAGAAAAGGAAAACGGCCGGCGAGACUGCCGCAUCAGUAACAGACGCGAGCGAUGGCACGAUUGCAACCACUGUGUCUAUGGAAGCUGUGAAAGCUGAUGUCAAUGCCGCUCCUACAGAGGGCUGUCAAUGUUCAAGCCGACAACAUAGUCCAUGUCCAUUCGCAUCUGAUCCUCCUCCUUCUGCGUCCCUUCAGACACAAACUACAUCUGAUCCUCCUCCUGUGUCCCUUCCGACGCAAACUGGUCAUGCCCAUCACAAAAUGACAAAUUAUUCAAGUCAGUGUCAUGUGGCAGAUGCGCCAGAUAAAGCGGUGUCGUCUGCAAAGUUGGAUGCUAACAAAGAGGAAGGGAACGGGAAUGCGACGGGCAUUGGAGCUCAGGACGACGGUCACGGUGGUGACGGGCAUUCAGCAAUCAGAGGAGGAGAGAUGGUUGCUGAAUGCGGUGAUCGGGUCGGGAGCAGUGCAGACAGCAGUGUCACUCUUCAGGGGCCACCGGCAAUGGUGAGUGGGCCCUUGAAAAGGAAAUGGAAGAGAAUGAUGGGGAGAAGCGAUCCGGCCGUUCAUGAGUCGAUGCAGAUCCAACGGGUGUCUAUUGCUGGGAGUGGGCAUUCGAGGUGUGUUGAGCUGCCCGUUAACUGGGUAGCGCAGGGGAAAAAGAAGGUAAGGGAGCGCAACGGAAUGGCCGCAAUCAUGGAUGGGAUGCCGAUGGAUGACCAGCACGGGGAAGGAAAGAAUAAUUUGCUACUAGAAAUGGAGUUCGGAGGGUGUGGGGGGACGGCGGAUGAGGUGCAGGGAGCCAUUCUGCUGAUGACGCUCUUCAAAGGAUGCCCUGCCUGAGAUCACCAAGACAAGGCAUUCUUGGUGCAGCUUAACAAUGCUACGCGUAUCGUCUAGAGGGAGAAGGUAGAUCUGGAAUUGCGGGAACAUUCGUCAAAUUCCUGUCCAAGCAGUGUUGCAGAAGAGAAGGCAGGAAGAAGAGAGAGAGGAGGGCAUAGGUAGGCCAGAACUGAGGGAGGAGAGGGAGGUACAAUGAUGGAAGGUUUGUGAAUAUAUUUGAUUACCUAAAUCUGUAGAGGUACUGGCUUUAUACAGUGUAAAAUUUCACUGUAAAAAAAACGAGUUGCAGCCAUUUUGGCUUCAUAUAUUGUGAUACGUGUAGGGUGUCUGUUAUGGGGUUGUCUACCAUGCUUUUAAGAAACGG